AUGGCGAUAGCCCGUCGUAUUCCGUUCAACGGCGAUGACAACGCCUAUAUUCGCUUCCUUGAAAUACGAGUAUUCGAAUUAGAAAAUGCUUUGCGUGUACCGCCUGAUAACAAUCGCUGUUACGGAAUGCCUCCUCAACCCAGUGCUUUGCCCCAGACAGACAAGUCGCCCCAGGUCACUCAAUUAUCUUGCACCGACCGGCCCAUUAUCACCCACCGCCCUUCCCGACCUUUGUGUCAGAGGGAAGGCUCAAACCAAAUCAAUACAGAAGCCGAAUCCUUCCAAGUCAUCGAAUUUCAUCCAAUCGACACAUUGAAUCGUCCGAGAAAACGGAUUUGUCGAAGGGGACCAAAACUCCGGUGGCAGACGGAAAUGGACAAUUUUCUUUCAAAGAUACCGCUUCUAAGCAAGUGGGCUCACCAUCAGCCAUCGCUCAAAGACAAGGUCCCCGAAUUUGUCCAAGGCCGCACCUUUUCUGUCAAACUUUCUGGAGAUCCUUCACAAGUUUCAUUAUCCGAAGUGAGUGUUCUGCCCAAUUUGGCCAAGUUUUGUGAUUUUGCGGUCAGCACAAACCCCAACGGAGGUUUUUAUCGAAAAGUCGCGUGCUUCCGGGAACUCGUUUUUGUGUCAUUUUGCAAUGUCGUAUUGAAAAUGGGGCAUGAUGAAGCGGAUGUGCAUAAGAUCAUGCGAAAUUAUAGCGGAUCGAAGGCCGAUGAAAAGCACCUGAGAAAGCUUAUCGCCGGAGCAAAGUGGGCCAAUCGGGCCAUAUUUGCACUAUCGAAGACUUGCUGGGGCUCAAAAUCUUGGGAAGUCUUCUUUGCCGGUACGUUGGCGCACCUCAUCCUUUAG